CCUGGCAGUAAAGCAGCCUUGGCAAACCUAUGCCCAGGAGAUAUUAUUCUGGCAAUUAACGGGGAGAGCACGGAGAACAUGACACAUCUAGAAGCACAAAACAAGAUCAAAGCAUGCGUGGACCAGCUAUUGCUCUCCGUGAACAGAACUGAAGGGAAGACCUGGUCACCCCCAGUUCUGGAAGACGGCAAAGCCCAAGCAUACCGGAUCAACAUAGAGCCAGACCCACAGGAUAACGGGCCUGCCCAGAGCCGGAGGCUGAUGCCCCACGGAACUGGUGGCAGCCCCGUGGACAACAAGCAGACGCUGAACGUGCAGCCCCCGACCCGGCUCUACGCUCCCAGCAGCUCGGAGUCGGCUCUGCCGGGCCAGCUGUGUGGGCUCCACAUCAGUCCUGCCCAAAGCAUUGACCCCUUGAAGUCUCUCCCGCGGAACAGAAAUGGGAUUGAUGUGGAGUCAGAUGUCUACAAGAUGCUUCAGGAUUAUGAAAAGCCCGUUUCUGAGCCUAAGCAGUCCGGAUCCUUCCGAUACUUGCAGGGCAUGUUGGAGGCUGGCGAGAACGGUGAAAAACUCGACAAACUGAGCAACCCCCGAAACAUCAAGUCCCCCGUGUCCAAGCUUGGUGGUGCCAUGUCCGGGCUACAGAUGCUCCCCGAGUGCACCCGCUGCGGGAACGGGAUCGUGGGCACGAUUGUCAAAGCUCGGGACAAGCUCUACCACCCUGAAUGCUUCAUGUGCGACGACUGCGGCCUCAACCUGAAGCAGAGAGGGUAUUUCUUCAUCGAGGAGCAGCUGUACUGCGAGACGCACGCGAAGGAGAGGGUUAAGCCCCCCGAGGGAUAUGACGUGGUGGCUGUUUAUCCGAACGCUAAAGUUGAACUUGUCUAG